AUGGCGUACCCUGAUGCUGGUACAGAACUUGUAGAAAUCUUGGCUAAGGAUCACUUUAUCGAGGCACUUCAGGAGUCAGAAAUGAGACUAAGAGUACAACAAUCUAGACCUAGAACCCUAGAUGAGGCUGUGCAGUUAGCUGUUGAGUUAGAAGCUUUCCAACAUGCUGAAAUUCAACGUCAGGGAGGACGUAAGCUGGCCAGGGUGAUAGAGGAUACUAGAAACGAGGAUUUAAAGUCUCAGGUGUCUGACUUGACUAAGGCAGUGAUCAUGUCCAAGCAGUGCAGUCCAAUAGACCUGGACGGCUACUACCGUCGCUUCAUCUCUGGUUUCGCUAAGGUUGCAGCUUGUCUGCAUAAGUUGACCGAGAAAGACAGAGCAUAUAAUUGGACUCAGGAAUGUUCAAUCGCUUUUGAACAUCUUAAAAGUAAACUCAUCAGUGCCGACAUUUUGGCCCAUCCUGAUUUCACCAAACCAUUCAUCCUCGACACAGAUGCAAGCGAUUUUGCAAUAGGUGCGGUUCUGAGUCAG